CCAGAACUUCCGGCAGCGUUUCUAUUGGCUAACGGGCUUUGUGGGCGAAAUUGAAAUAAACGUUUGAACCCUGUCGCUGCUGAUUGUUUGCUGACUCCUCAAUGAAUAUUGUUUUUAGCUGUGUGGUCGAAGUCCUGGCUCGUUAACAGUUGCUGUUGUAUUUGUUGUCAGGUAAGAUGGGGGACCGUGUCGAGAUACAGAUCACUCCUGAGACUCCAGGCAGACCUUCCAUUAGAAACCCCUUUGAAAGUCCAAAUGACUACCACCACCUCCGUGAAGCAUUAGUGCCAAGCCCAUCUGUCUUCAAGUCCAUGCAUUGUAAAGCUACUCCUCCCAAGUUUAACUGGUCUAUUGAUGAAAUGGCCAGUCUUCUUCCAGUGCACAUAGACCAAGAGGAAAUACAGCGACAGUCUUUUUACCUCAGCCAGACAAGGAUGGAUUCUGACAUUGAAGAAAAGCGUCAGAACGCUAUUGAGCAGUUUUUUACCAAAGGAACCAUUGUGCCUUCCCCCUGGGCGUCUCAAGACAUCCGUAAAGGCCCUCAGAUCAAUAUGAAAAGUUGUAUGUCUGCCAUGAUUGAGGAGAAGCCUGAAAAAAUAUCAGUUGCUUGUCAGACAACUCUCUCGCUGCCUUUGGCAUUUGAUUUGGAAAAAGUAUUGGGAGAAUAUUACCGCCAGGAGGAAGUGUGUGACGGCGUGCAGGAGAGCCUCAGUUCCUCCUCCUUAAGACGAAAGCUCUUUCUCGAUGGCCAGGGAAGUUACAGCGGCUCUGACAGCUCCAGCCCACCAAGCCCCGAGAGAAGCCACACCAGGCAGGAGAUUCCUUCUCUAAGCCGAGGAGAAGGAGCUGAAGGAAGAGUUGAAGUAGUAGCCUCUAUUUUUGCCUCCCCCUUGUCCUGUGGCAUGUCAGUUCAGACUCCCUCUACGGGUCAGUUCUCGUCCAGUCCCAUCCAGCAUGGCUGUUUCCGGGACUGCAGCCUUGGCAGCAUCACCAGCCCGCUGUUCCCUGAUAGGUCGUCUCCUGCUGGCCUCAUCUCCCCAACAAUCUCUCCUAUUGUUGCACAUGGAGCACGCACACCAAUAGGCUCAGCUGAGAGGAAGCAGCCGAGCAACUUGACUCCAAACAAUGUACCCCUGGACGUAGAUGUCGCUUCGUGCAAUGAGAGCCCAUUUGUUGAGGGUUGUUCCCCCAUUCGUAGCUGCUCCCCACACCAGCUCCACUGCCACAAUGAGCCCAGGUCCAGGCCCCGGCCCAGAGUCCGCUGCCGGGCAUCCCCACCCCUUAUCUCCCCGAUACUCAACCCUAAGCUCCAAGACAAUCAGGAGGCUGAGGAGAAACUUGUCUGCUCCUCUUCCUCCUCCUCCUCUUCUUCUUCUUUUUCUCUCCCGCUCAUGGAGCUAGAUCCAUCUUCACCCAUGGCACGUGACAAUCAUCCCGCUGAUACUGAGAGUGCUGGCCUGGAUCCUAUGGAGCCUGUGAAAAUGGAUGAGGACAAGGGGAUAGAAGGGAGCUUGGAUGAGGAGGAAGAAGGUGGAGGGCCUUUGGGGCAGCUGACCAGCUCUCGUAUGGGCAACGUGUCGGCAACAGAGAGCUCCCACAUGUUUAUGUCUCUUCUGGCAGAGGGAAGCAGCAUACGCUAUGAUUCCAGCAUGCAGGUGGACAGUGGAUACAAUACUACCUCAGCAGGCACUGCCAGUCUAAUAGAUGGCCUCAACUCAGACUGUCUCAGUAAAGAGUCCUUCAGUCCAAACAUGGCAGACGAGGCCUUCCAAGUGACACGGCACGCCAAAGUAAAGGCAUUUCAUCCUCACCACUGAGCCAUCUGCAAUUAAAGGGACGCCUCUUCCAGUGGAAGCUAAAGAUGAUUAUUUUUGCAAUCAAAUACAACAAAGUUUACACUAAGUUUGAAGCAUUUAUUGUGAAUGAAUAUGGUUUGGGUGGUUGUUUGAGAGGAGUUGAGGUGUUUCACGAGUGGUUAUUAGAUUUUCUUUUUUUUUUUUUUUAGGUUGAAAAAUUCACGUUGCCUGAGAGGAAGCAAAUGCUUUAACAUGGCAUGUUUUAUCACAGGUUACAAGGGAGAAAAUAAAUCCAUAGCUUAUCUGAGUCCUACUGUAAGAUACUGUAAAGCUGCAAUUAUAAGUCAACAGUUCUUUUGGGCCCAGUAUACUGAUGCGAUAAGAGGGAUGGGGGAAAAAAAAUUCUGCAUCACACUUGCACAACAGUAACCUCCUUCAAUGCUGUAUUGAUGCAGAAGCCAUCAUUUAAACUUUUAAUCGGUGCUGACAUUAUCAACCUUACAGAUCCUGACUUUCAGAUGCAACAGAUUUGUACUGUAUUUAUGUUUUUAUAAAAGUGUUUAUCAUGAUGUUUUUCUAUGAUGAGAGCUUUUUCUUUUAAUUGACAAGUAAGAAUUUCUAAAAUUCAGGUUACCUGUGGAUGUUAUUUGUUAUAUUUAUGCCUGAAUAACACACUGAAUAUUGCCACUAGAAAAUUAAAUGCUGAUUGAGCCAUUUGUUUAUUAUUUUUGAUAUACUCACAAGCAUGGGCUGGAUCGUCGCAUUAAAUUAACUUGAAGUCUU